AUGUCUAGUACACGUGCCCCUGCCAACUACAGUCUGACUAUUGCUUUUCCUAAACAGCUGCGCACGGCCUGGGAGGACUCCUUACAGGACCCUGGUAAACCAAUUCCGCUGGCAAGUGGCGAGGUGUACUGGGAUGACGGCACUAAAAAUACACAAAUCAAUCCGCCCCCGCAGAAGGCACCACCACACCAGGAUCAGAGAUCGUCAUCCAAAGAGGUUUAUUGCCAUGUCCAGUUGGAGUGCUACUUAAAGCACGGGACGUUGAUGCUGUCUGGUACACAGGUAUCUUCAACUUGCCUUGAAUCACUAAAUGCGUUGGCCUUUACUUGGAACGAUUUGCCACCGCAAAUGGAUGCGUGGCUGAGGCCAUUAGUGGCGCGACGAGAGGGCAUACGCCAUGCCGAAGCAGUUAAGCGUAAUGAAGAGGAGGACAGAGGUCUUUACGGGUUUAGGAGAAACCUACAGCGCCGCGCUGAGGAAGCGACUCUAAACGACUCUGUGGAUGACAUGGGCCAUGAUCCAAAUACCAAAAUUCAUGAUAAUCUGCACACGACGUUUUCGCUUCAUUAUGUUAGGUUUCUUGUAGCUUCUCAAGAGGAUGUUGCAUGGCUUGUUAAGAGGCUUGGGUCGAUCGUGGAGCCAACCGAAGAAGCAAGCCCAUUGACACUUGUUGUGCCCCUCACUGCGCCGCUGAAGGGGGGGAAGAUGAAUGUACCGUUCAUGAAGAAUAAAAUUUGUUCUCUUUUUGGAAUAGACCUACUUACAACCGAAGCAGUUGAGAAAAAUCAAUCUGAUCACGUGUGUCAAACCUCCCCAUGGGUUAUUGCAUUUUAA